AUGUCGACGACCAUCAGCAAGGAACAACACGAUGAGCUGUGCGUCUCGUACGCGUCCAUGAUGCUCUUUGACGGCGAGCACGAGAUCACGUCGGAGGCCAUCACUACGAUUGUGAACGCGUCGGGGAACGAAGUGGAGCCGUACUGGCCCACGCUCUUUGCGUCGCUGCUGUCGAAGGAAGGCAAGAUCCUGGACUUGAUUUCGUCGGGCGGCGCUGCGUCAGGCGCUGCUGCCGCAGCGGGCGGUGCGUCUGGUGCGGCGGCGGCGGGCGGUGAGCCCGCGAAGGAAGAGGCCAAGGCCGUGGAAGAGGAAGAAGAGGUGGACAUGGGCGGCGGCAUGGACAUGUUUGGCGAUGAAGACUACUAA